AUUAAAAUCAUUGCCAGACUUGCCCCAGCAACCUAACUAGACUGUUACUCAAAUCAGUAGCAUCUGUUUGGACCACUGCUCAAGUAGAAUAAAUUAAAGCUCAACCACACUCUCAAAUCAGUGUCAAUGUUUGUAAAUUUCUCUCCAUGUACUUCUACAGAUGGUGCUGUCAUCCUCGUGUCAAAUCGGUGCUCAUGUAUAGCUGGCACUGCAGUGUGUAAUCACACAGUAGCCUUGCUGCUUCAAACUGCACACUAUUCAGAGCUAAAUGUGCAGGUUGUGCCCCCUGUCCACACCUACAGCAAAGUACACUCUACAAGGGGUUGGGGACCCACUUGACAUCUCCUUGCUACAGAUUGGAGACACAUAUGAAGACUUUGACAUUACAGAGAAACCUCUGGCAGCAACUAUGAGCAUCAGUGAUGAGAAGACACUUGUUGAGACAGCUUUUGGCUUAGCACAAAAGGAGAAUGUGCUCUUGUACCAGCAGCCCAUAUUACCCACAAAGUCAGUCAAGAUGCACCAAGAUCCUCCACCUAACCCACCACUGCCUCUUGGAGAGUACAGGCUUGCCCCAACAGAGUGUGUGCAUGUGUGCACUGAGGAGGAGCACUUCCACCUUCAAAGCUUGAUGGUCACACUGGACAUGGCCUAUAAGAUUGAGGCGGCCACAAGAGAGCAGGCAGCAAACCGGGAGUGGCAUCAGCUCUGCAGGCAUAGGAUCACCUCCUCACGUUUUAGAGAGGUGUGUUUUGUGAGGGGAGUGAGCUCUGCAGAGGCUCUUGCAGAAAGAAUCCUCACAGGAACAAGGCAGACUGCAGAAAUGAGAAGAGGUGCAGACAUGGAGUUUGAGGCCGCAAUGGAGUACUGCAGGAUGAAAAAUGUCAACUAAACGCCCUGCGGUCUCGUCAUCCACUCUGAUGCUCCAUGGCUUGGUGCCUCACCAGAUGGCUUGAUUUUUGACCCAUUCACGCAGCCACCAUUCGGACUGGCUGAGAUAAAGUGCCCUAAUGUGAAGAACUAUGUGGACUGUAAAUACCUUCAAAUGCAGUAUGGCACUUUGGCUCUCUGUGAAAGCCACUCAUACUACUGGCAGGUGCAGGGUCAACUGUUGAUCACUGGCCUGCAAUGGUGCGAUUUUGUGACUUCUGCCCAGGAAGACAUGCUGGUGCAGCAUAUCCAUGUUGACCCAAAGGUAACAGCAGUCAUCAGAGAGAGGGUGGACAAAUUUUACUUUAACGUGUACAUGCAGAAGUACCUGUCUGUUUCCAAAAGAUUUCACUGAUUGAUGCAGGGGAAUUCGAGUGGGGGACUUAAACACUUCAUGCAUUUCAGCUGAACUUUAAAAAUGUAUUAGCUUAUUUCAGUUGUAUUGUUACAUUGUACAUAUGUUCAUCAAAAGGUUUCAUAGUAAUUGUUAUAUAAAUAGGUACUGUAUAUUUUGCAAUGAACAUAAGGAGAUUUUUUUUUCAAAAAAGA